AGAAAAAAAACUUUUUGUGUAGAAGGAUUCAACAGCCGCCAUCUUGUCGUGGACGAGAAUCGGGAUUUCGAAGAGCAUUAUAAUAGUUAUAUAGAUGCGAGGAAGUCAGACAGGGGCUGUAUAGCUUUGUGGUGAUAGACAGAAGAGAUGUGGUGAAUUUUGGAGGCCUGUUCUGAUGGAUAGGGUUAAAAUGGGACCGUUUCUGUCUACUGGAAACCCCCGUAUAUCUGAUUUCCCCCUUCAGCAAGCGCUGUUUCUCACAAUUUCUCUUAUUAAGCCAUGUACAAUUGAUGCUGCGAUCUAUUAGUAAAAACUGUACAUAUAGAAAAUCAUUUUCGGCAACUGUUAAUUUUACCAGAGGUCGAAAUGGGUCUCGAAGUUAUUUAUUUUUUCUCGGAGAUGAUCAGUUCUUUGGAGAUACGCCGAUGACGUAAGGCGUUAAAGACUCGAUUAUUUUUGUUGUGUGUGUGUUUUAAAUACUUGUUCUUCUUAAAUAAACGACCAAAAUCUUGUUGGUAGCUAGAUUAUAAUUAUGAGGGUACUUGGUAGUGAAUUAUCAUGGGGUGAAUGGAAGCGGCGAAGCGGGGCGCUGUUGCUUGUAUCUUGAGCUAUUUUCAGCUGGCUAGCAGUGCUCGCUAGUGCUACUAACUUAGUUGGUUUUUCGCCGAAAAGUGAGAUCUGAUCUGCGACACAAAAGCUUACAUUCUCCCCUGCCCUGACCCAAAAUCACGCAAACAAGCCUUAAUACUACAAAACUCAUACUUAGGAUGGCUGACAACAUCAUGGAUAUGGGACCUCCCAACGCAAAGCGUCCAAAGCUGAAUUCACCUGCUCUGUCUUCAUCUGACGGCCCAGAUUUGGGGCCUCUGUUUGACUUGGAGAAUGAUCUUCCAGAUGAGCUGAUCCCCAAUGGUGAUGCGGUCUUGACAUCCAUGUCCACCAACGGUGAUGGAGGAGUUGCAGGAAGGAUUGGUGCCAUAAUGCCAGAUGCUGCCACCAAGCACAAACAGCUCUCGCAGCUUCUUCAGUCAGGCAGUGGUGGGCAACCUGGCAUAGGUGGGCAGUUGAGUACACUGUGCAAGAGCCCCCUUGGCCAGGCCUCACCAAGUCACUCAUCCCAUCCCCAGAAGCCUAUUGGUACAUCAAGUGGCCCUGGCAACUGUAACAAUGCUGGCUUCAACCAGACUGUGCUGAACAGUGGGCAGAGUCAUGGGCUCAUGGGCCAGAACAUGGCACAGCAAGGGCAGAUGUUGAAUGGCAUGAUGAAGCCAGCAGGGCGGGGCAGGGUGGCAUCAGGUAUGCAGUACCAGGGCCAGGCAAUGCAGGGGACACCAGUUGGAGGAGGUGGCACCCCAGCGGUUGCAGGGGCCAGCAUGGCAGGCAGUGUGCUGGCAGAGACACUGACCCAAGGUGCACCCCAAAUGGGUGUGCACAAUUCCAUCAGUACUCAACAGGCAGGAAACAAGACGGGUUUGGGGGCUGUUAAUGGUCCUUUUGGGCAGCAGUAUGCACAGGGUGCAGUGCAGCAGAUUACCAGUGCUGGUAUUAAUGUACAGCUCCAGAGUAAGGCACCUCUCUCAAGCAGCCUCCAGCCCACACUUAAAGGUGCUUCCAGUGCACAGAACCUGCUCCAUCAGCAGGUGCCCUCUGCAAGUAUGAUGCCAGGCCAAGGGGCACCCACAGCUCCCACAGCCGAUCCUGAGAAGCGAAAGCUAAUCCAACAGCAGCUGGUUCUACUGCUUCAUGCUCACAAGUGCCAGCGACGUGAACAGGCCAACGGUGAAGUACGGUCCUGUACGCUGCCCCAUUGCCGCACCAUGAAGAAUGUCCUAAAUCACAUGACACACUGUCAGGCUGGCAAGUCCUGUCAAGUGGCACAUUGUGCAUCCUCUAGGCAAAUCAUUUCUCAUUGGAAGAACUGUACUCGGCACGACUGUCCUGUUUGUCUGCCCCUGAAAACUGCCAGCGAUAAGAGAAACCAGCAGCCAAUGUUGAAUCCAAGUAACGGUGGCAUGCAAGUGCCUGUGGGAGCGGUGGGCACUAGCCAGCCAAGUGCACCUAAUAUCAGCAGCACCACAAAUAUAGACCCAAGCUCGAUGCAGAGAGCCUAUGCAGCUCUUGGCCUCCCUUAUGGAAACCAGUCUGCUGCACAAACACAGCCACAGGUUCUGGGCCAGCAGAACCCACAGACCCAGACACAUCAGCAGCAGCUUCGUCCCAUGAACAAUCUGGGCAUUAACCAGAUGAACCUUGGAAGUAAUGGUAUGAGCAUUACCACUUCUGAUCAGACGAGUCUCCACACUGACUCAUCCCUCAGCAACAACCAGCUGAUGUCAGAUGGCUCUGGUGUGAGUGGAAUCGGGAAUCUGCCACCAACAGCAGCACCUUCUAUGCAUGGCAUGAAGAAGGCCUGGCAUGAACAUGUCACUCAGGAUCUGCGGAAUCACCUUGUGCACAAAUUAGUUCAAGCCAUAUUCCCCACCCCAGACCCUGCAGCACUGAAGGACAGACGAAUGGAAAAUUUGGUUGCUUAUGCCCGAAAGGUGGAGGGUGACAUGUAUGAGUCUGCCAACAGCAGGGAUGAGUAUUACCACUUCCUAGCUGAGAAGAUAUACAAGAUUCAGAAGGAGCUUGAAGAAAAGAGAAAGUCAAGGCUUCAGAAACAGCCUCCCUUGGGCACUCAGGGGGCACAGCAGACUGGCAUUCCCCAACCUAAUGCCAUGGGACCUGCACAAGGCACCCAGCCAGCAAAUGGAUCUGUGCCUAUCUCCAGUAUGUCAAAUCAGUUGGUGAACCGCAUAAAAGUUCCUCAAGGGAUUAAUCAUUCCAUGUCGAUGCAGAAUGUUCAAAUCUCUCAGUCUACAGUAGGAUCCCGUGCAGCAUCCCCCAUGAACCACCUGCCUCAAAUGAACAUGGGCUCCGUUUCUCCGAUGGUAAUGUCUCCUUCAAGGAUGAUGGGAGUGCAAGGCAUGAUGGGAGGCCAUACAAACAAUAUGGUGGGCCAGAGCCCCAAUCAGAACCAGUUUAUGAACCAGACACAUUUCCCAACUUCUUCAGGGGGUAUAAAUGUGAACUUUGCUCAGCAAGCAGGACAGGCUGGUAGCACACAGCCUCAGCAGCAGAACUCUAAUCUUUCCCUCAAUUCUUUGGGCUCCCUGGCUCCACAGACUGCUGUGUGUUCCACUCCACCACCUCCUGCCACCACCCCUGUUGUCCCUAACCUACAGCACAUGGCUCAGCCUUCCACACCUGUGCCUGCUGGGAACCAAGCCACAACCACCCACAUACCCCACCCACCAUCAGGUCUUUGCUCCUCCCCCAACUCCUCACAGUCUCUCCCUCUUCUGCCUCAGCUGGAUCCCCCCAUGCAGACACAACUGCCACCAUCUGAGCAAGCACAGCACCCUGCCACUCCGCUUGAUCAAGCAGCAGCUAGAAUGGAUAACCAAGUCCUCACACCUGCAUCUGUGGCAGAUUCACACUCCCAGACAGAAUUUAUUUCUGCAGUGUGCAAAGCAGAGCCAGAAGAGGACGUCCUAGACUUUGAGAAUGGCAAGAAGCCACCUGAAACAGAGGAUGAAGAUGUAAAGCUUGUACCUAUUAAGAAGGAGGAGGCAGAGAAUGUAGAGCCUAAGCAGGAGCCAAUGAAGACAGAGGAGAAGAAACCAGAGGUAAAGAUAGAAGCCAAACAGGAGGAAAACGGUGAUGGUACCAGUACAACUUCGCCUACUCAGUUUUCACAGACAUUCAAGAAGAUUUUUAAGCCAGAAGAGCUAAGACAGGCCUUGAUGCCCACUUUGGAAUCUCUGUACAGGCAAGAUCCAGAAUCUCUGCCUUUUCGCCAGCCUGUGGACCCGAUGUUGCUUGGCAUUCCGGAUUACUUUGACAUUGUGAAGAAUCCUAUUGAUCUGUCAACCAUAAAGAGAAAGCUGGACACCGGGCAGUACCAGGAACCAUGGCAAUAUGUGGAUGACAUUUGGCUCAUGUUCAACAAUGCCUGGCUCUACAACCGCAAGACUUCUAGGGUCUAUAAAUACUGCUCCAAACUAGCCGAGGUGUUUGAGCUGGAGAUUGACCCAGUCAUGCAGGGAUUGGGUUAUUGCUGUGGGAGAAAGUAUGAAUUUUCACCUCAGACGCUUUGCUGCUAUGGCAAACAGCUUUGCACCAUCUCAAGAGAUGGAACAUACUACAGCUACCAGAACAGGUAUCACUUCUGCGAAAAGUGCUUCAAUGAGAUCCAAGGCGACAGUGUUACCCUGGGUGAUGACCCUACACAACCUCAGACUAUGAUAUCAAAGGAUCAGUUUGAGAAGAAGAAAAAUGAUAUGUUGGACCCUGAGCCGUUUGUUGAAUGUAAAGACUGUGGCCGUAAGAUGCAUCAGAUCUGUGUGUUACACAAUGAUGUUAUCUGGCCAUCAGGAUUUUUCUGUGACAACUGCCUUAAGAAGUCAGGGAAAACAAGAAAAGAGAACAAGUUUUCUGCUAAAAGAUUACAGACCACAAGGCUUGGCACAUACAUAGAGGACCGUGUAAAUAAGUACUUGAAAAGGCAGAACCACCCUGAUGCUGGUGAAGUGUUUGUGCGGGUGGUGGCAAGCUCAGACAAGAUGGUUGAUGUCAAACCUGGAAUGAAAUCUAGGUUUGUUGACUCAGGGGAGAUGGCAGAAAACUUUCCAUAUAGAACCAAAGCACUUUUUGCAUUUGAAGAGAUAGAUGGAGUAGAUGUGUGUUUCUUUGGCAUGCAUGUCCAAGAAUAUGGAUCUGAUUGCCACUUCCCUAACACCAGACGUGUAUACAUAUCAUACCUUGACAGUAUUCACUUCUUCAGACCUCGGAUGCUAAGAACUGCUGUCUACCAUGAAAUCUUGAUUGGUUAUCUGGAAUAUGUCAAGAAACUUGGGUAUGUGACAGGUCAUAUCUGGGCCUGCCCACCAAGUGAAGGUGAUGAUUAUAUAUUUCACUGUCACCCUCCUGAUCAGAAGAUACCCAAGCCCAAAAGACUUCAAGAGUGGUACCGCAAAAUGCUGGACAAAGCCUUUGCUGAAAGAAUAAUUCAUGACUACAAGGACAUUUUUAAACAGGCUACAGAGGAUCGACUUAAAAGUGCUUAUGAGCUGCCUUAUUUUGAGGGGGACUUCUGGCCCAAUGUUUUGGAGGAAAGUAUCAAGGAACUAGAGCAGGAGGAGGAGGAAAGGAAGAAGGAAGAGUGUACAGCCUCCUCUGAGACAGUAGAGGGGACCCAAGCUGAUAGCAAGAAUGCCAAAAAGAAGAACAACAAGAAGACUAACAAGAACAAGAGCAGCGUGAGCCGAGCCAACAAGAAGAAGCCUGUGAUGCCAAAUGUAGCAAAUGACCUUUCCCAGAAGCUCUAUGCAACUAUGGAGAAGCACAAAGAAGUUUUCUUUGUAAUCCACCUCCAUGCUGGUCCUGUGAUCAACACUCUGCCCCCAAUCAUGGAUCCUGACCCCUUACUCACCUGUGACCUGAUGGAUGGUCGUGAUGCCUUCCUUACAUUGGCACGGGACAAACAUUGGGAGUUCAGCUCCCUGCGCCGCUGCAAGUGGAGCACUAUGUGUAUGCUAGUAGAACUGCAUAACCAGGGCCAGGACCGUUUUGUCUACACCUGCAAUGAGUGCAAGCAUCAUGUUGAGACAAGAUGGCAUUGUACUGUCUGUGAGGAUUUUGACCUAUGCAUUAAUUGCUAUAACUCCAAGGGUCAUGAACAUCAAAUGGUGAAAUGGGGCCUUGGCCUUGAUGAUGACAGCAGCAACCAGAAUAGUGAGGCCUCCAAGAGCCCACAGGAAAGCAGGCGCCUGAGCAUUCAACGUUGCAUCCAAUCUCUGGUACAUGCCUGCCAGUGCCGCAAUGCUAACUGCUCACUACCGUCUUGCCAGAAAAUGAAACGCGUGGUGCAACACACCAAAGGCUGCAAGCGCAAGACCAACGGGGGCUGCCCUGUAUGCAAACAACUCAUUGCCUUGUGCUGCUACCAUGCCAAGCACUGCCCAGAGAACAAGUGUCCUGUGCCUUUCUGCCUCAAUAUUAAGCACAAGCUGCGCCAGCAGCAGCUACAACAACGGCUACAACAGGCUCAGUUGAUGAGGCGUCGCAUGGCACUCAUGCAGGGUCGGACCAUGCAAAAACCCCUGCCUUCGCCUAACUCAGGAGCUCCCGGGACCCCAAACUCUCAACAACAGCAGCCCAAUACACCACAGACACCUCAGCCAUUACUGAGUCAGCCUCAGGCACCAAACCAGAACAUGGCCACCAUGCCGCAAGCCUUCACUAACAAUGGCCGCAGCAGUCAGCCACCUACACCAGGCUCCCAGGGAAAACAAGGCCCUCAAUCCUCACCCCUACAUCAGCAACAAUCUCCCCUGCCCAUACCCCCACAGCCACCCACACCACAACAGCAACAAACACCAGCUGCCUUGCAAGUUACACAGAGUAUAGAGAUGACAGCCAAGUCGAAGCAACAGCAGCAGUCAGACUUCAGAGUCAACAUGAACGGCAUGCAUAUGAACCAGUCUCGCAUGGUGACACCCAUGCAUAUGAUAGGGCCUCGUGGUCCUCAGCCUAUACAGGGAAUGCAGUCUGGACCAUGGGGAGCUGGGAUACAAGGCCCCAUGCAAAAUCCACAGACACCUCAGCCACAGCAGGUACUAACACAGCAGGCCACUAUGGUACCUCAACAGACUCAGGUAAUGCAGUCACCUCAGCAGACCGUUCUGAUGCAGCAGGCUAUGAUACAGCAACAACCCCGGCCUAUACAUGGUGUUAUGCCACUUCAGCCAGUACCACCUCAAGCCCCACAACAAAUUGACAUGGCCCAGAGAGGGGCAGGCAGCAACAUUGCACCAGGUGCCCUUCAGGAAUUAUUGCGCACAUUGAAGUCACCAAGUUCACCUCAACAGCAGCAGCAGGUCCUCAAUAUUCUCAAGUUAAAUCCUCAUUUGAUGGCUGCAUUCAUUAAACAAAGAACAGCAAAGUAUCAGGCCAGCCAGCCCCAGCAAGCCCAACAGCAGCAGCAACAGAACCCACAAACUAUGAUUGGAGUCCAGGCAGGGUUGCAGAAUAUGGCUGCCAUGCAGAAUGCCCCAAUGAUAAGGCCAGGGAUGCAAUCUCAGCAAGCUGCUGCAGCCCAGGGUAUGGGUGCUCUGGGGCCACAGAGCCAACUUAUGAAUGCUACACAGAAUGGCAACCCACAGCUUUAUCGCCGACAGCUCAUGCGCCAAAUGCAGCAACAAGGAGCCUUGACUCCAGGCCAGGCAAGGUUUCCCCAGCCUCAAGGUGCAGCUAGUUACUCUCAAAUCCGCAUGCAACAGCAGUUAAACUUGCAGGGAGGCAGCGGGCCUAUGAUGCCAGGUAUGGCCCAAAUGGGUCAAACUGGAAUGAGCAUGGACCCAACCCAAAACUUAAUUCAACAGCGCAUGUUGCAGCAACAGCAACAACAGCUUCCCCAACAGAUGCUCAAGCAGCAGAUAGGAUCACCACCUCAAGCCACCCCAAUGAGCCCUCAGUCACAUAUGCUCCCAGGACAGCAUCAAGGCUCACAUUUACCUGGACAGGCAAUGGUCAAUGUUUUGGGCAAUCAAGUGAGGUCACCUACCCCAGUACAAUCACCUCGCCCCCCUUCGCAGCAGCCCCCACAUUCCAGUCCAUCCCCACGCAUGCAGCCCCAGCCCUCUCCUCAGCAUGCUUCACUGCAUUCCAGCUCUCCUCAUCCCACAUUGGCUGGACCAAUGACAGGCUCCAUAGAACAGGGCCAUCUGUGUAUGCCAGAGCAGAGCACAAUGCUCUCUCAGCUUAACACACCAAAUCGUAGAGGGCUGACCAAUGACUUGAGUAUGGUAGGAGAUACCACCGGAGACACAUUAGAGAAGUUUGUGGAAGGAUUGUAGCAAUGACGGAUGAUAGAGAGAUGUAUUUUUUCUUACAGUUCUUUGUAUUAAUAUUUCAGACGAAGAAUGUGAAUGGUUUACAAGCAAACCAGUAGACUGCUAUUUUUUUCCUAUUUAUGCGUGUAUGUGGAUGAACCACAUAAUCAUUUUUGCCCCUUUUGUAAGUUAGGCCAGCAACAAAAAUAAUUUUGUCCUGUGUUUUUUGUUGUUGUUUUUUUUCCCCCCAGGUCUGUACUUACAAUGGAAAUUUACUGUGGUUCAAUACUGAAGUCUUUUUAAAAAAUUUUAAAUGCGUUUUUGUGUUCAGAGACUGUAAGAUACAUCAUGAGUGAUAUCAAUGAUGAGUCAUCUUUUUCUGAUGUUUAAUUACAUGCUAUAUUGUAAACAUGCCUUUGGAGAUGCACCAUUUUUUCUCUAAGCUAAGGUGCCUGUAUUGAAGGACCUGUGUUUAUUUGUACAGAAAGGAUCUCUUCUGCAAAAUAAGUGAGGAGUUGUAAUUGCUCUUGUUUUUAAGGUGCCCUAAUACUUAAUUUAUUCCUGCAUUGCAGAUGUUUCAAGGUGUAGAACAGUGCUUGGUCUCCUCUUUGAUCAGUCAGUGAAAAGCCCAUCCCUAUCCAUGUAAGGGUACCUGACUUGUGCAAAUAAAGCUCUAUAGCAUUUGUUCCCUACAUAAGGCUUUUCCCUUCUGAAACUUGAAAUGAGCAAGGACAAUUCUUUAGCGUAAAUCAUGCAGAUUGAGGUACUGUACAUAUGAAGAAAAAAAGAGUUUGAGAUCAUUGUAUAGACUGAUUAAAAUAACUUGUUUCAUACUUCUAUACAAUAUUGUUAAAUAAACAGUGUCCAAAAGCCAAAACGGUACUUUGUUGAGUCUCUUAGAAAAUAACAAUCCUGACAAUUCCUUAUGUAUUUUAAGUCCAUCAAAUUGAUUCAUUCAUCUUUACUAAUUUGUUUAUCCUGGUUAGGGUUACAUUGGAUCUGGAGCCACAUUGUCAUGUGUCUUUCUCUUUCUUUUUCUCUUUCUCUUUAUCUUUAUCUUAGUCUUUCUCUCUCUCUCUCUCUCUCUCUCUCUCACACACACACACACACACACACACAAGAUUUGCACACUUUACACACUGCAGGACACUUUCUACUUAGUUUUUGGAUGGUGAAAGAAAACUGGAAAACCUGUUGGGGACACAGUCAUGGGCAAUAGAAAACACCCUUAAAUUCUAUAUUUUUAUUGAUCUUGGCCUAUAUAAAGUUUUCCCUCACCAUCUUCUUUAAACAACCUUGGGUGACAUAAAAAAAAACUCCAAAAACAAAAAAGUAAAAUGUAGUAACAAUAGCUUGAAUUGAAUGUAUUAUGUAUAUAUCAGUCUAACACACAGGAUUUUAUAUAUUCAUAAAAUUUUACAGGGUCUAAAUAACAAUUGUACAGCCCACAAAAGCUUCUAGAACCAAAUAACCUGACCUCAAUAGAUUUUAUGUAGUCAAGAUUAGGAGUCUCGGCAAGUUCAGUACAAGGUUAUAUAUAGGUCAUAUAAAAGCACAUUAAAUUCUUAUUAAUCUGCUUCAAUUCAUUGCUGUUUUUGAGGACCACACAAUUAUUUAGACCCUGUAAAAUUUUAUAAAUAUUCAAAAAUCCUAUGACUCUGGCAUACUCUGGGUACUGUGUGCACGUGCUAUCAUUUUGGAAGGGCAACAGCAGCUUAGCCAUGAAAGAAUAGACCAUAAAAUUUCAUAAAACAGUUUUCCAAACUGUCUGUUGAAGCAACAUCUGCAACAGAACUUUGUCUGGUGCUUCAUGAAUUUUUCAUAAUGGUUCUAUAUCUGUGUCUAGCCAAUAUUAAAAUGUAAAAAGCACAGACUUUGGAUGAAAGGAUGAUUUUUAGAAAAAAAGGUUAUGGACAGACAAAUUAAGUUCAAAUAAAGGUUGAUGUGCAGAAUAAAAUAAAUUAUAUGCUUGUGGAGUGAUGGAUGCCAUCUGUCAUGCAUGAUGGAGGAAAUUGUAUGAUCUAAUGGUGCUUUGGUGUGGGUAGUUGGAAAAUCUAUAUAAUGAAAACAAUCGUAACAAAGGAAGGCUAUCAACUACAUUUUGCAUGGUAGGAGUGUCCAUCAUGCCAAUCCAACUUGUGUUAAAUUUUGAAAUUCCUGCAUAUUAUCUGACAAAUAGAAUGUCAAAGGGGUACACAACUAGAAUUGCUGCAAAUAGUGAAAUCAUCGUUUCUACCUUAUCAGUGCUGACUAUAUUUUUGGGGGGAUUUCACAGAAGCACUAAUGAUUAUAGAACUAUUGGUACUUCAACCAUGGUAUUUAUUUCUCCAGCCAUAUCAUCUCUAACCAUCUCUUUCAACCUUCUGUCCAUGAUUCAGUAUUUCAAGAAUGGCACAGUAAUCUUUUUAUUGAUCAAAAGUUUGCAUCGUUUGAACAGCUGCCUGAAAGGUUUAAUCUAUCCAAAUCUCACUUUUUCAGAUAUUUGCAAAUAAGUUCUAUGAUACCAAACAUCUCUGAGGCUCCUGAUGCAAAUAUUAUAGAUAAUCUCCACUCUCUGUCCCCGCUGUGUAAAGACCUAAUAUCCACAAUUUAUGGCAUAUUAAUGGGUUUGAGUUACACCACUUUGAAUAAAAUUAAAACUGCUUGGGGAAAAGACCUAAAUCUGACAGUGUCAGAUGAUACAUGGAACUCGAUUCUCAAGCUUGUCAACUCAACCACCUUAUGUGCCCGCCACUCUUUAUUACAAUUUAAGGUCGUGCAUAGGGCUCAUUUCUCCCUAUGCACAAUUUAUUCUCAUUUU